GGAUUGUGGGUGGGCGGACAGUCCGGCGGUGACACGGGAAGAUGGAGGUGCCGGAGGAAGAAGCUAUUCGUGAGUUCGUAACAGUCACAGGAGUCGAGGAAGAGCGGGCUCGCUUUUACCUGGAGUCUGCGGACUGGGACCUUCAGCUCGCCCUGGGCAGCUUUUAUGAAGAAGGUGGUGACGAUGAUGUGAUAACUCUUCCACAACCUGAACCCAGUACAGGUUCGAGAACAGUAGCACAAAGUGAUGCCAGAGUAACCUCAUUCAGAGAUUUGUGGCAUGAAGAGAAAGAUGACGAAGAUGACGAGGGCCAGAGGUUUUAUGCUGGUGGUUCUGAAAGAAGUGGACAGCAAAUUGUUGGUCCUCCAAAAAAGAAGAAUUCCAAUGAAUUAGUAGAAGACCUGUUUAAAGGAGCAAAGGAGCAUGGUGCAGUUGCUGUUGAACGAGCUGGCAAGAGUCCUGGAGAAUCCAGCAAGUCUAAACCAUUUGGCGGUGGUGGAUAUCGUUUAGGAGCAACUGAAGGAGAACAAUCUGCAUAUGUUACAGGAGAAAGGAGACCAGAGACCGCACAAGAUGUUCAUGUUAUACUGAAACUCUGGAAAAGUGGUUUUAGUGUUGAUGAUGGAGAGCUGAGAAAUUACACUGACCCUGCCAAUGCCCAGUUCCUGGAAGCUAUUAGGCGAGGUGAGAUUCCACUGGAACUGCGACGAUUGGCCCGAGGCGGGCAGGUAAACCUGGACAUGGAAGACCACAGAGAUCAAGAGUUUGUAAAAUCAAAGGCUGCAUUUAAGGCAUUUGGUGGAGAAGGACAGAAGUUAGGGAGUGCCACACCUCAGUUAGUCACUACAACUUCUCCAGCACAACAAGCAGAAAAUGAAGCAAAGGCAAGUUCAUCUGUUCAUGUAAAUGAAUUACAACCGACCACUAGUAUCCAGAUACGGCUUGCAGAUGGAGGGCGUCUUGUUCAGAAGUUCAAUCACACGCAUAGUGUUCAGGAUAUUCGACAUUUCAUAAUUGAUGCCCGUCCGGCUUUGGCAUAUACCCCUUUUGUGCUGAUGACCACCUUCCCUAGCAAAGAGCUGACAAAUGAGAAUGAGACCCUGAAAGAUGCCAAUUUGCUGAAUGCUGUAAUAGUACAGAGGCUGAAAUGAAUGCACUUCUCCAUCAAACCUCAUGUUUGUGGAGUAUUUGAACUGUUCGGACUUUGUUAGUUUAACUCACUGGUUGUGAUAAAUUGGAAAAAAUGCUUUUAAAUGAAACUGUUUACCCUUAGGGUUAUUGAAGUAAUAACAUGUGAGCAUUCAGUUACACAGCUUUAAGCGUGACUUUGUGAUAUAAACCUUAAUUGUGUAUUUUGAUUUGUAACAUUUUUUUCAAUUUUUAAGUGAAAACAUUAUACAUUAAAAGUUCAAAUCCACAAAUAUAAGUUGAUGCGAUCCUACUAACAUCUACUUUCCUGUGACUGCUGUUGUAUUGGAGAUAGGGUUGCAACUUGACUAAAAAUUGCAUUCUAACAUUUUUUCAAAUUUAAAACAUUAUAUGUUGUGAAAUGGGUCAUGUAUCCAGCAUUGUUCAUUUUGUACAUUAUUGCAUCAAAUGAAUAAUCUGAGCAGAACGUUAUUGUGAGUUUUAUUUUUAGCCUGGAUAAUGACUUUGCUUACGGUAGGAUGGAACGGUUCGCUAAAAGAGGUUUUUCUAAGCAUAUUGUGGGUUAAAAUUUGAGAUGAAGCAAAUCCUGUCAUUUACCAAAAUUCCUAAAAGUUUACCAACAGUAAUAGUGAGCUUGCCCCUUUUCUCUUCUACCUGUAAUUACUUCAUUCUACAGAAACAGGCUAUUUGUUUCAUUGGGCCUUGAAAUGAUAUUUUUUUCUUCAUGUGUAAUCCCACUUUAUUUUUGAUCCUCAGUACCAUUGUCUUUUUUGAAGAUUACUUUAAAAAUUACUUUUGAGGUGAUUUGUACAAAUAAUUUUAUUCUAAUUGCACUGUAAAGAAUUUUCUUUCCAACUGUUUGCCCUUUCUCUAGCCAGUGACAUCCAUGUAAUAACCACGUAACUCUUCAUAAUCUUAAACUUUGUAAAUUGGGCACAGAAUUGGAGACAAAGCAUCUAUUUCUACUUCCUAAACCUCUUUAACAGAACCGUGAUUAUGGAGGUUGAGUGUUACAUGUCUGCAUGUUCUACAGUUUGGUGUUAUUGCUUUGUUGUUGAAAAGUGCCUUGAUCUCUUAAGCAUGUAUGGCAAUCUUUGCUGCAUCUGUUCAUUUCUGUCACGAGAGAACAAAAACAAUGUACUAUGGUCUGUUGUGUUGAGCAGUGUGUGCUGGCUAAAGGAGUUUUCCUUUAUUUUGAUGCAAAUCACAAUCUUAAUUUACAUCAGUUUUUUUUAAACAGCAGAGCAAAAUCCAAGAUACUUACAGACUAUCACAAAGCAGAAUUGCAUAGAAUGGAGUUAUACCUUUUCGAACUUUAAAUUAAUUCUCAAAGAAUUAGUGAUGCUGAGGUAUUAGAAGUUUUAACAGUACUGUUUCAUUUUGGCAAAUUUAAUGGGAUAAAGAUACGAAUGUUACCAAUGCAAAAUAGGUCAAGUUAUAACAUUCUGGUGAAUUUUAAUCUUCAGCAUUGAGUUUCUGUGGUGUUCAGUGCUAAUUUAUGUCUUUGUGUAAAUGGGCCCUUCCAAUCAAAUUAGUUAAAGCCCCAGGUUAAAUUUUCCACUGAACAUCCAUUUAUUAGCUCUCUAAGGAUGAUCUUCAAAACUGGUCUCAAAGGCAAAGGGCACGAGUAUUCGUGUUUUAAAGAUUGUUUAGAUCUUUUCUGUAAAAAUACUAAAAUUGAGGAGUGAAGCUAUUGAAAAGGAAUUCAGUAUUUUUAAAAGGUAAUUUGGAGUGGUUCAAAAUCAAGUUACAGUUGGAGGUCAGUGUAAAAAUAAUUCUUUUUCUGCGUUAAAACUUCAUUUUUUAGCUGUGUUUUUAGAAGAAAAAAACAGCUGGUUACAUUUUGAGUAUAUCAAUGGAUGGCUGUAAAUACCAAGAAAAUAAUAUGAAACAUUUUGUUUUUACUGCACAUAAUCAUGGAAGGGUUUGUUUGUGAAUAUGUAAAUGUGUUUGGGCAAAACUUGAACUAUUUUGCUUGAGGAAAGAGUUUAAUUGCAAAUAUGCCCUAGUUUCCCAGUUGCAUCCAAAGCUGAAACUCCAGUUCUUAUUGCAUUCUGGAAUUAGGAAAGCUUAUAGCUGUGUCCAAUUUUUGUUACAAAACCCUGAAUGUUAUCCUUAAAAUCAGGCACUAUAUAUAGUUUUUUAAUCAAGAAAUCCCAAACCACUUUACAUUUUUAGAAGUAUUUGAUUAGAUUUAAUCAUUCCUUUGUGGAUAAACUUGACAGACAAUUUGAGAACUUUAAGCUCUCUUGGUAGCAAAGCUGAAGUUUGGUGAAAUGUUUGGUAAUGCUUGUCAGGUUUCUAAAUGUUAACAUUAUUAAACCCUGUUGAACCUGCUGCUACUCUA